GGCGUGUAGCCGAUUUCUUCGUAACGUGAUGAAAAGUCGAUGUGUCUACGUGACUUUUUAAUGUAGGAAAUUUUUUUAUAUUUAGCGAAUUUUAUAACCGAUUAUGGAUGAAAACGAAUUUGCGCAUAGGGCGAAAAAGCGAAUUAAGGAAGUUAAAAAGAAAGCCAGACCAGAACUGAACACAAAAGAAUCCUGGAAACAGAUAGGAUACGCCGCAAACUUCGAAAGAUUCAAAGACUUCACCGAUAACUGUGACCGAAUAGAUGCAUCGACUUGUUCCCAAAGAGAAUUCAUAUCUCGUUACGAACUUCCUUACAAGCCCGUCGUAAUCACAGGGUGCCAAACAGACUGGAAAGCCAGGGAGAAAUGGACUUUAGAUAAAUUAGCUAGGAAAUAUAGAAACCAAAAAUUUAAAUGCGGUGAGGAUAAUGAAGGUUAUAGUGUUAAAAUGAAAAUGAAGUAUUAUAUACAUUAUAUGCAGACUACUAAAGAUGAUAGCCCUUUAUACAUCUUCGACAGUAAUUUCGGAGAGCAUAGACGUCGAAAAAAAUUGUUACAAGACUACGAUGUUCCCUUAUACUUCAAAGACGAUUUACUAAAAUAUUCGGGGGAGAGUAGAAGACCGCCUUACAGAUGGUUCGUUAUGGGCCCGGCUCGAUCGGGCACCGGCAUUCACAUCGAUCCCCUCGGUACGAGUGCCUGGAACGCCUUAGUCGUAGGACACAAGAGGUGGUGUUUAUUCCCAACGCAUACUCCCAAAGAUAUCCUAAAAGUGUCCCUGCCUCUCGGAGGGAAGCAACGCGACGAGGCGAUAACUUGGUUCGACGUCAUCUACCCGAAAACCAAAAGCCCCAACUGGCCACAGAAUUGCAAGCCCAUCGAGAUACUCCAGAAGCCCGGAGAGACCGUGUUCGUGCCGGGCGGUUGGUGGCACGUGGUGCUCAACAUCGACACCACGAUCGCCGUUACUCAGAACUUCUGCAGCCGAACGAACUUUCCGGUGGUUUGGCACAAAACGGCCAGAGGUCGCCCGAAGCUCUCUCAAAAGUGGCUGAAGACGCUGAGGGAGAAGGAGCCCAACCUGGCGGCGUUGGCGGAUAGAAUCAACCUGGGGAAGCCGUCGGGCGUGGCGUCGGACAGUUCGAGCAACUCGUCUUCCAGCUCGAGCUCGGAGUCGGAGAGUUCCAAUUCCGAAGACAACGACAGUGGACAAGAAUCCAUAUCGGCUAAAAAGAAGAAGAGGAAAUCGGACGUGGAGAACGAGAGUAACCGAAAGAAAUUGAACAACGGUUCCCCGACAUCUUGGUCGACGAACGGAACUUCCAUAUCAUCGCCUUUGAACGCGACAAAGGAAAGCAGAGUUUAAUAUCGAAUUUAGAAGGGUAUUUUGUAUAACGCCUUUAAACCAUUUUGUAUUAAAGAAAUGAAAUCCAUACAAACAUAUUUUCUUACUGAAGAUUCUUAAUCCAGCGAUUCGCUGCGGUUCACACCAGGUAUUAUUUUGUAUAUGUUGAAUGAAAUAAAUGAAUUC